CUUCAAUCGAAAAUAAUGACACUGCGCUCGACCUAACUCCUCUCUCAAUAUAAUAUAUCUGACUAUGGUGACCGAGAUGCGCGAGGCUCGCCGCACCGGGCACAAAAGAAAAGUCCGCAAAGGAACCCAUAGUUGCUGGGAGUGUCGACGACGGAAGAUCCGCUGUCAAUUUGCGACGCCCAGUGACUCUGUCUGCGUCACUUGUAGUGCCAGAGGGACUCCUUGUGUUAGUCAGGAUACCGUGGAAAUCGACGCUGACCGGUUACCUUCGGAAGGGUUACUACAGCGAGACGGAGAUGUUCUGGACCGUCUAAGAAAGCUGGAGGACAUUGUUCAGAGCCUUCCUGGGGAGGCCAGGGGGUCUUCUAACGCUAUAACUUUCAAUGACAGACCUGUGAGCUCAGAAAGUUCACAUCGAAGUACUCGGCCACCCUCACGACGAGCUCAAUCUAGUACCCACACGGCGACGAUAAACGAUGUCUCUAGUUUCAGAACCGUGGAAGAGACGCCCACGGGUGCCAUGAUGGGCACCCGAGACAUGCUGGCCAUGCCUCAUUCAUCUCAGAUCGAAAGACCGGAGUUCACGUGCCAGUAUUCCAAGGACGAAAAGCUCCGCAACGCAUUAUUUGAUCUCCUACCACCCACUGAAGUUACGAUGGCACUGGUACUAGCUAGCCCCGGAGCAACAAUGGUCUCCAUGCUCUUCCACUCACACCAAGAGAUCUCCCAGGGACGUUUCCAGAAGCUCACAGCAAGCUCCUGGCACCUUCUUAGAAAGAGUCACCCGAUAAUUCUCUCGAAGCGGCUGCUGCAACUGGCAAUUUGCGUGCAGCACCUCAAACCUGAAUGCAGUUAUCUGUCUCUGAAAGAUCAGGUGUAUCUGAAGGGCGCAGCUGCGGAUAAUGUCACCACCGUCAUGGAGCUGGUGACAUCGCGUGAUGAGCUGGCUUCUUCCCUUGACGGCGUGGAAUGUCUUGUGUUGCUUGCGCUGUUUCAACUUAAUGCUGGAAACCUGCGACGGAGCUGGUUAACUGUUCGUCGUGCCAUAAAUAUUGCACAGCUUCUGGACUUGAAUGAUGGAGUCCAGACGCAAUUCCACACCUUUGAUGAGACCGUUCCUCCUGGGGCGGGAAUAUCUCCUCGGUGGCUCUGGUUUCGCGCGGUCUUCUUCGACCGAUGUCUCUCGUUGUUUCUUGGUCUAUCCCCAGCUGUGCAAGACAGCAACUUUGCCAAUCUUUUGUUGACAGACAACUACGAUCAAAUGGAACGGCUUGAAACGAGCCAAACAAUUCUCACAGGACGCAUCCUCGAGCGCAACGCAAUGAUGAAAAGAAAAGACGACAACGCUGCCUUUUCUAUGACCCACCUCAUCGAUGGAGAACUCGAUGCAGCAGCUGAGAAAAUGGGCUCAGAAUGGUGGAACCUGUCUUCGAUCAACACGCACGAUCCGACUUCCAGCUCUCGUCUCUUGCUCCAAAUUCACCACCACACGUUGAAACUAUACCUUCAUCUCCCUUACUUGCUCCGGCGUGAGCCCAGGUUUGGUGGUCGACAAGGCGGACGCUACGACCACAGCCGCGCAUCAUGUGCCACAUUCGCCCGGGCAAACUUGCGUCUGUUCGAUCCGUACCGCACUCUCCAUCCCUCGGCCAGCGCCUGUCGCCACAUUGAUUACAGCGCGGUGAUCGCGUGCAUGACACUCUUGCUGGGAUACCUGGCUGACCAGCCGCCUCACCUCGAGGCGGGCCACCACGACCCGGACGCGCAGCGGCAGGAGGAUCUCAAACUCAUCCAGAGUGUCCAUGACAGGCUACAGCUUGUGGCCGAGACGUGCGAGGACACGAUCUCCCGCGAUUUUGCAGCUUUUGUCGCACGAUUAGUUCCAAUCAUUCGUUUCAGAGAUAGUGGGUCGAGGACCAGCGAGGAAUUUCUCAGUAAAGAGCCGGAAAGUCGACCGAUCACCUUUUCUGUUCCGCACCUCGGAACUGUUUUCAUCCGACCCUGGGCUCUUGAUUUCACGAACAUCAGCAUAGACCGGAUCGUGGAUUCGUUGUCGGAACUCACCCCUCAAAUCAGCACUCCAGAACCGGUCUACUCCACAGACUCGCCUGUUGUAGACGGCAGCAGCAGCACGUCAAAAUCAAGCAAGGAGCUACGACUACAGAACUCUCUAACUGCAACAAGACCAGGACUUUCUCCGUCGCCGAUCGAGAAUACUUCUCUUAUCAGUGCACCCGCCUACACAUUUCAAGCAGAUGCUGAUGGUCGUACUGCUGCUGAACUACCCGCAAUUUCACUCUUGGAUGCAGAUCUGUCCCCCGAGUUCUGGCCUCUGCAGGGUCUCGACACAAACUUUUGGGACUUAUUACAGCAGGGGAUGGAUAAUGAUUAUAGCACCUAAGGAGUCUGUGUUAUGCUGCACUUUGGUCUCCUUCUCACGCUAUAACAUUUUCUCGAUUGAGUGAUGGUAAUG